CAAAUCAUACAUAAACGAUUCCAGAACAUUUCUAAAAUAUAAAGAUUCUGGAGAUAAACUUCUGUUAAUUGAUGACAAAAGCCUUGAAAUGGUUCCUGGUGAAUCUCUUAAGAGAAUUUUGGAGUUUCAUUGUGAAGAUCAAUACUAUGACCCUUCCAGUGAAAGCGAAGACGAGUUAGAGAUAGAAAAUGAUAGAUUAGUCAAAGCCGCAAAAGAUUUUAUUUCAAGAGUAGAAACUUCUCAGGAUCAGUACAAAAUUCAUGAGUUGAAUCAAGGGCCAUCUCAAAACCAAAUCUCUUGAGAAAUUGGCUUUGAUGAUUCUUUUGGGGUUAAAAAUGGAUUAGAAGAAGAUUUUAAUGACAAACAAGACCAUUUUAAGAAAUUUUCACUAGGACAAAAUAUUCAAAGAAAUAAUUUGGAUGCUGUUCAAGGAAGCCAUUUAAGAAACAAGGCAAGCUUGUACCAAGAAGGCAAAUCAUUGUCUUAUAUCCCCACAGAGACUUCAGCCAUCGAGAAAAUGAACAAUUCAGGAGAUUCUGAAGAAAUUGGCAAUAUGUUAUGUUCACUAGAAUGCUAGAGUAAUCCACAAUUAUUAUCUCAAUCAAUUUAUGCUAAAAAGUGAAAAAUAAAAUAAGAUCUUGAGAAUUUAAGAUUUCAGGUUCACUUAUUUGUAAAAUAUGAUUACAAGUUCUUAGUGAUUGUUUGCCACCUCCAAAAGUUUAUAUGAUCAAUCAAAAAUGGCUAAAAUCUUUACUUCCU